UCCUGGGAGCAGAGCCUGAAUCCCGAGCUGCAGCAGGGAUACCGCAUCUUGCGCGAAUUUCUCCUGGAGAAGUACCGACCUCUGACAGCACCAUUUUUGAAGCCCCUCGCGGAUCAGGCAUCCGUUAGGGAAGAAGAAGCUGGCUGCCUCUCGGGUUAUAGCAACAAUCACUCCUUUCAGCAGUCGCCGGCUGGAAUGUGGCUGUUGAAGAUGGAAGAGAAAUUUUCCAGUGGGCAGUACACAGGGAUAGCAGAUUUUGUGGGUGACUUCCGGCUUAUGUUGGAGACAUGUUACCGGCUGCAUGGUGUAGAUCACUGGCUUUCCAAACAGGCCCAGAAGCUGGAGAUGAUGCUGGAACAGAAGCUUGCGCUGCUGUCCCGGCAUUUAAGAGAGAAAACAUCAAUAGCUGUAACAUCUAGAGGAUGCUAUGGGCUAGAAGAUGAGAAAGGAACGGCAUGCAUUUCAACAAGACGUCGUUCCACGCCUCGCAAUUUAGUAGGCUUGUCAACAGGCAUGUUUGAGUCUGUGAUGGUUCAAGUUCUAAGACAAGAGGAACAGCUGAGAGCAAAAGAGGAAAAGAGGCUGAGAGAGCAAGAAAGAAAAGAAGCGGAAGAAGCUAGUCAGAAAGAAAUAGAAGAAUGGGAAAAGUCACUUUUAGCUCAAGCAGCACCUACAAGGAUGGAGACAAUGUGGGAGAUUCCAGCUAUUGGUCAUUUUCUUUGCUUAGCACAACAGAUUUUAAAUUUACCAGAAAUAGUAUUCUAUGAAUUGGAACGUUGUCUUCUGAUGCCUCAGUGUAAUGCUUUUUUAUCUAAAAUAAUGACUUCUUUGUUAAGUCCUCCUCAUCGCAGAUCUACAUUACAUCGCAGGCCUACACUUUCUUACAGGACUUGGGAAGCAGCACUCAGACAGAAAGUACAACACUGGUAUACUGUUGUAGGGCAGACUGACAAUCCUAAUAGCUCUGCAGAAAAACUUGGAUUGUGUCCCCAGUUUUUCAGAGUCCUUGGAGAAGUUAAUCCCUUGGAGGAAAAAUCCUUUCAUGAGCUGCCAUUCUACCAAAAAGUGUGGCUGCUAAAAGGUCUCUGUGAUUUUGUGUAUGAAACACAAAAGGAUGUUCAGGAUGCAGUGCUAGGUCAGCCUAUCCACGAAUGCAGAGAAGUAAUUCUUGGUUAUGACUACUUGGAGAAUGCAUAUGUUCAUUUUCCACAGUUCUGUGGUGCAGAUGUUCGGAUUUACAAACAAAAACCUUUUCAGGCUCCUGAGUUCCCAUCUCCUCCCAUCAAAGUUAAAAAAGUGUCACGUAUUAAAUUGGAGAAAGUGAAACAUGACUAUGUAAGCAAAAGCAAUGGGGAGGUCUGUUCUCGUGGUAGAGAAGAGCUGCUACAUCAUUCCAAGACAGAAGUAGAGAAAAGUAUGGACUCUGUUGUUAUCUGUCCAGAAAAAAAUCCACAUUUAGGUAGCUUUAGAGUCACUACAGAGGAGAUAAACUGUGAAAGCAAGACCUCAGGAGUCUGUGACAUGAAAACAACUGGUUGCUAUAAAGAGAACUUGAAUUUGAUUAGUUCAGGAGAGAUUGUUGGUAUGGGUGGUGACCCUAGCUCAGGAGAAAUAAGGGCUAUGGAAAAUGGUCAAGGUUGGGCUGAAAUGGCCAGAGUAAAAACUGAGAUCAGUACAUUCAAGCAGAACACACUGAAAGCUUGCCAGAUGCAUGUCAAUGGCACACAUAAUGACAACCAAGACAUAAACUGCCACGAAUCUGCUAAAGAAACAAUGCUAGAGAACUCGCUGCAAAAUAGUGAGAAACUAAAUAAGUUGCGGGCAAAGAAGAAGAAAAAGAAAAAAAAGAAGUUGAAGGAUAUUCUAAAUGAGAAUCUACAGAGAAAACUCGAUGACUUGCAAAGAAAGCGUGAGAUUCAUCUUCAUCCAUUCAAAUCUUACAAAUCUGAGAUCCAGAACAAGUUGUUUAUAAUUAAAAAGAAAGUAAAACACAAGAAGCACAAGUCUGGAAAAAAAUCGAUAUCUAAAAAAGCAAUCACAAAGAAGAGGAAAGGUGUCACAAAGUCUACCAUACCAGAAUUUCAGCUUAUUUGCACUAAUCUUGAUGAACUCAGGGAGUUAAUCACAAAGAUUGAGAAUGAACUCAAAGAUCUGGAGGACAUUAAAAAGAAAUCGAAGCAUCCGGAAUACCAACAAAUGACACGAGAGAUUUUUAGUGCAAACAAGCUUUGUUUG